AUGACCUCCAACACCACCCCCGACGACCUCAUUACCUCAGUCACCAAACUCUCCCUCAGAACCUCCUCCCUCGACAAACCCCAAAAACCCGCUCCCUCCAAGAAAAAGGCCGCCGCCGCCGCCCCCGUCGCCGACAGCUGGGAGGACGAAGAAGACAACGAUGAUGCCUCAGAACCAGAAGAAACGCCACUAGGCAGCACCCAAACCGGCACCAACGCGCCCCCACCAACCCCCAUGUCGCCCAUAGCCAAGAAGCAGCCCUUUUCGCCAUCAGCACUCAACGCCCCCGGCACGUUCGGUUUCACAUCUUUUGACGGACCAGGCGCCGACUCAAGUCCUCGAUCAGCAGGCGCCGCACCAGACAGACGCCCAGAAAAGACCGAUGCCGUGGCGCGACGCAUGAUUGCUGCUGGGUUGGGGCUUCGGGCGCCGAGGGCGACCGAGGAGCAAAAGGCGUAUGAUCGGGCGGUCAAGGAGCAGGAGAAGAAGAGGAGGGAGGAGGAGAGGGAGAGGCAGAGGAAGAAGGAAGAGGAGGCGCAGAAGGCCAAGGCGGCUAUUUGGGAUGAUUAA